AUGACCACUUCUGCUGCUCAUGAACAAGACGCUUCAAAUGCUCCCAUUAACCCUAAUAAGAUUCUUGAAGUCACUCCUUUGCAUAUGGUAACCCCUUUCGAUCUCGUGACAAAACGACCCAGAACAAUGCAUGCACGAAGAACCCAAGAGACUGCAAGAAGACCUAGGAAUCCCAACUCUGGUCAAUUCUCUCAAUCGUUUGUCCCUUCCUCUAGGGAAGAGCCAACCAAAGAAGGCUCAAGGUCUAAUCACAUCGCUAUUGUCAAAAUAGUUACCGAAAUCCUAAAUGAGGACAAUGUUUCAUCCAAGAUCCCUGGUCCUGAGAAUCCUGUGCUUCCUAAGUCAAAUGUCAUUGGGCAUGUUAGUGACACCGCUGACAUCUAUGACCCAACAAAUGAUGAAAUUAAUGAGAAUGUGCAUGGCCAAGCUAAAGAAAAAGAACCAGAGAAAACUCAGACUGACAAAGUAAUCAACCUUGAUGAUCUCUCUGAUGAUGACCUGGCAGUGGCUAAGUCCGUUUCUGUUGGACCAAAGAAGGCAUGGAGCAAAGUGGUGCCUAAGAAGAGAAAGGCCAGAAGCAAUUCUGAGAAUGAUUCAGAUUCUGAUGUUGCUGCGGAUGUCAAUGACAUUCAUCCCAAGAAGAAUGUCUCUACUAGCAAGCUGGCUGCUAGUGUUCCUAAAGUACCUAUUGAUAACAUUUCAUUUCACUAUCUCUCUAGUGUACUCAGAUGGAAAUUUGUCUAUCAGAAAAGACUGGCCUUAGAGAGAGAACUUGCUUAG